GAUCCCCCCUCGAUCCUUCUUGUGUUCACAAACAACAUAACAUUCCUUUUCUCUCUCUCUCUAUCUCUCUCUCUCUCCCCCACUUGCCCUAGAAAGGAAGAGGCCAAACACCCUCUUUUCCUCUUGUUUGUUCCUACUUCCUGCAGUUUUGUCAUGAACACUUCCUUCUAAACAGUUUUUGUCAUUCGUUAUCCUUAGUCACACGUGAAAAGAUGGCAUCUCAAGCAGAACUUAGCAUGGAGUACAAGCCCUACACCUAUUCCACACUGCUGAAAUCCUUUGCAGACCAAACUGAUCAGACCUACAAGCUCGAAGACUUUCUUUCUCGCUUAGAGGAAGAACGUCUCAAGAUUGAUGCCUUCAAGCGCGAGCUUCCUCUCUGCAUGCAACUCCUCACCAACGCUGUGGAUGCUUCAAGGCAGCAGCUACAGAACUUCAGAUCAAACCAAGGUACAAGGCCAAUUCUGGAAGAAUUCAUACCCAUAAAGCAUCCAAAUUCUCAAGAAAGCACUGAGAAGGCAUCAAACAUAUCAGACAAGGCGAGUUGGAUGACAUCAGCUCAGCUAUGGAGCCAGGCAAGCGAAGGAACCAAACCAAAAUCCACAAUUACAUCACCAAAAGAAAGUGCUGAUACAGGGUUUAGCGUGAGCCCUAGGCUAGCCCUAGAACAUAGGAAUGGAGGAGCCUUUUUACCAUUCUCAAAAGAAAGAAACUCAUGCCAAGGAAUAGGGGAUCUUCCUGAGUUAGGCCUUGCCUGUUCUGAGAGUGAAAUGGAGGUGAAGAAAUGUGAAGAGACAGAGAAAUGUUCUAAAAGGGAGAAUUCAGGCAAAGGUGGGAGUUUUGAAGGGAUUGUUGAUCAGGGAAAAGUUGCUGCAAUUGCAACCGAGGCACAAACAACUAACACUACAACCACCACAACUAACACUACUGGCCGGAAAGCAAGAAGGUGUUGGUCACCGGACUUGCACCGUCGAUUUGUUAAUGCUCUUCAAAUGCUUGGUGGAUCUCAAGUGGCCACCCCAAAACAGAUUAGGGAGUUGAUGAAGGUUGACGGUUUGACCAAUGAUGAAGUUAAAAGCCAUCUCCAGAAAUAUAGACUUCACACUAGAAGACCCAGCCCAAGCCUACAUGCAGGAGCACCAACACCACAACUUGUAGUCCUUGGAGGAAUUUGGGUGCCACCGGAAUAUGCCACUGCUGCCGCACACUCCGAUGGCACCAGCUUCUACAGCCCACAUCCCACCUCACACGUGCCACCGCAACACUACUGUGCAGCCACCCCGAUGUCUCAAGAGUUCUACAACUCAGCUCCGUCACUGCCGUUGCCACCACCACACGACCACACUCUCCACCACCAUUUUCACAUGUACAAGACAGCACCACACACCCAAAGCUCUCCAGAAUCAGAUGUUCGGAGCGGUGGCGACCGAUCUGAGAGCAUCGAGGAUGGGAAGUCGGAGAGUGGUAGCUGGAAAGGAAGUGGAGAGAAGAAAGGUUUGGCUGCACUGAGAGAUCAAGAAGGGGAAGACAGCACUGGGAGUGAGAUCACACUUAGAUUCUAGGGCUUAUGUGGUCACUGUGUAUUAAUUAUUAUUCUUAGAACUAGGGUUUUUUUACUUUGAUCAUUUUAAUCUUAACAAGAGUGAAUCGAAGUAACUUGAAGGAAAAUAUAUCCUCAUAAUUUGAACUUUU